GCUGCUUUGAAAAUGUCAUGUUUUGAGUUUUUUUUUCUGAUAUAAUCGUCAUGUUCAGCAGUAAGGAGCGAUUGGUAGAGAGAACACCGCAAAAUGGCAUUGAUCGUAGGGAAUUCAUUCAUCUUCUAGUUGACGAAUACUACGAAACGACAAAUGUUGAGGCUCAAGAGCAAGUCACAGCAAAUCUAGCCAACUUCGCUUACGAUCCACUGAAUUACGAGUAUUUGAGGGAAUCCAAGGCAGUCGAACUAUUUGUACAACUUUUGUCAAGCCCCAAUCCAAAUUUAGUUUUGCACGGAAUCGCCGGCUGUUGCAAUCUGUGCUUAGAGCCGGCGUGUUUUCAAAUAAUCAUAGCUGAGAACGGAAUUGAAGCAAUUUCAUCUUUAUUAACACAUAAUUCUUCGAAAAUUGUCGAAAAUUCCAUCGCUGCAUUGCUCCAGUUGGAUUCAGUCAAAACACAUUCAACCAUAUUUACCGUGGCCAAUCGUUCUAAAGUUGCAACCUAUCAAAAAUCGCCGAAUAUUCCACUUCAGAAUCUAGCCACAAUCUUUCUAGAAACAGCUCGAAAUGAUACUGAGCCAUCGACUUAGGCCGUUUUGACCACUCGAAAUGUCAUUCAAACGCUAUUUUGCGGCAUCAAAGAUCUGCCGCGAGUGGUUGAGAAACGCAUCAUCACACAGGCUGAAGUGGAUGCAUUCGCAAAACUGACUGGCGAUACGAAUUAUAUCCAUAGCAAUGAGUGUCCACCAGAGAGACGUUGUGUUCAUGGUGCAUUUUUAAAUGCAAUCGUCGCAGGCAUUAUCGGCACAAAGGUGCCGGGUGCCGGCUCAAUUGUGUUACUACAGGAAUUUGUAUUUCCGCAAAAGUGUGUUUGUGAUGAGGAAAUCACGAUAACAGUAAGAAUGCUAGAAAAUCGACACAUAAAGAAAAUAGCAUACGAAUGUAAACAAAAAGGUAUUCCAGUUUUCACUGGAACUGCGAAUAUCAUUGUUAAGAACGUCGAAUAAAUUGCUGUUGUAACACAAAUUGAA